AUGUCCUUCCUCGCCUCCGUCCGCGCAACAAGCCGUCUGUCUCUGCGACAGACUGUGGCCUAUCCCGCUGCCACCUCUCCAUUCCACACAUCUGCUGUCCGGUCAGGUCUGAAGGAGGGAGAUCAGAACCGCGAUGAUGAGCUACAAGCCUUCUACGAAGAAGAGAAACAGAGGCAAAUCAAGCUGCACAAGGAGGGCAAGGCAAAGUGGAACCAGAAUCUUGCUAGCAAUUCCGAGGCCUCGGUCAAGGCGGAUCGGGGAGAGGUUAACGCCAAGGAGAGCUUUACGGAUUUGCAAGAUCGAACGAAGAAUGAGGCCAGCAAGAAGAGGUAG